AUGUCCGACUACGAAGAUGAAAUGGACGUCGAUGGCCCCGUCGCUCAGUCCUCGAUCCAAUUCUCGUCCAACUCGAAUGAGAAGGGCAAGAGAAGCGCCGCCAACCUGCCCAAGUACCGACCAAACACCCUCGACGAUGUCUCAGGCCAUCAGGACAUCUUAGCCACAAUCAACAAGUUUGUCGACAGCAACAGACUCCCUCAUCUCCUGCUCUACGGUCCUCCGGGAACCGGAAAGACAUCGACUGUCCUUGCCCUUGCCCGUCGCAUCUAUGGUAACAAGAACAUGCGACAAAUGGUCCUCGAACUCAACGCCUCCGACGAUCGUGGUAUCGAUGUCGUCCGCGAACAGAUCAAGACUUUCUCGAGCACAAAACAGAUCUUCACCUCCUUUGGUGACAAGUCCGGCGGCGAUGGUAGCCCGGCCAAUUUCAAGCUUAUCAUUCUUGACGAGGCCGAUGCCAUGACCUCAACUGCUCAGAUGGCUCUGCGAAGAAUCAUGGAAAAGUACACCUCAAACACUCGUUUCUGCAUCAUCGCCAACUACACCCACAAACUCUCGCCCGCUCUACUGUCACGUUGUACUCGCUUCCGCUUCUCUCCGCUCAAGGAGGCCGAUAUUCGGCGUCUGGUCGAUAUCGUCAUUGAGAAGGAAGACGUCAACAUAGCCCCUGAUGCUACCGACUCUCUUGUCACCUUGUCAAAGGGUGACAUGCGUCGUGCACUCAACGUUCUACAAGCUUGCCAUGCUUCAUCAACACCGCUCCAUCUACCAGGUCAAGCACCUGCCCAGGGAGCAAAAAUUGACCGCGACUUGAUCACAAACGAAACAAUCUUCGACUGCAUCGCCGCACCACAUCCUGCUGAUAUCGCAACUAUCCGCGAUACACUACUCUCCAACGCUGACGUGACUUCAUGUCUGGCAACAAUCAAUACCCUCAAGGCAAACAAGGGUCUGGCCUUGGCUGACAUAUUGACUGCUCUUGGUGAGGAGCUUGCGAAUCUGGAAGUUCCCGCACAUACAAAGGUCGCCUGGCUACAAGGUCUGGCUGAGAUUGAGCAUAGACUGAGUGGUGGUGGUAGCGAGAACCUUCAGACCGGUGGUCUGGUCGGCACCGUCAGAAAUGGCUGUGAAAUCAUGGAGAACAAGAGUAAAUGA